AUGACUGCCUUCAACUUGAACGACAAUUCUGGAUGGAUUGGGCUCGACGCCAUCUAUCAUCAACACCGUUGGCCACUGCCAUCUGCUAUUGAUAAGGAUGUGGCUCUCAAGGCAGCCUCUUUACAGAUGGCCUAUGACAAAGAGCAGUGCAAGGCCAACUGGUCAACACCAGUUGUCUUGGCUGAGGAAAAGGCUGCAUCUGCCACCGCGAGGCUUAAGAAAGAGUCUAAGGAGCCAGUAUAUGGCUCUCCGCUCUCUCAUGCACAUGCUAACCCAUUGUCACUUCCCAUAAACCUCAUCACUACUUGCACCUUCAAGCGUGCUUGCAUUGAGGAUUCAAAGCCCGAGAUCGAGCACUUCCGCAUGCCGCCUGAAGAGCUCGGGGCCACUACAUCAUCCAAGAUGAAGUUGUUAAAGGGCAAGAAAUGUGUGAAGGGUUCUGCUGUCACAUCCUCAUCAAAGCCGGCCACUGUUGAUCCAUCCCUGGCCACCAUCACUGCCAAACAUGAUGAGCUGCAAACACGACUUUUUGCAAUGAUGUCGCAAUUUGACCUGCUACUGCAAAACUCACAGAAGAUGUCCGAGGACAAUCAUAAGUUCAACAUACCAUCGGGAUAA